AAAACCUGAAAACCCCCCUUCCCCUCCCUUUAUCACGAAAUACUCUGUUUCGGUCUCGUCCUCUCCUGUCAAGGGUCCCCAUCUCCAAUCAUCUACCCGCCUGCCGGCAGACACUGAAUCAAGGCCACAACAACAUAAAUUUCCAAAUAAGCAACCUAUACUCAGGGCAGUACUAUAUCACGGAGUCUCACGGAAACAUCAAGUUCAGCUCCAUGAUGAUAGUCUUAUUCGUGGCAUUGCUUGGCUUGGCAGUGAGCGUAGCAAGCCAGCUUCCCCCCGACACCGUCUACCUAGGAUGCGGCACACCUUUCGCCUUCCAGCAGGUCUUCACCUUAACCUCUGUCGAUAUCAGCAAUAGCGUAUCGGUUUGUCGAAAUAUUUGCUUCACGACCCUCGGCCGCUCAUACGGCGCGAUCUUUUCGACCCAGUGUUACUGCAGCAAUGCAGGUGUUACCAAUAUCCUAUUCUCACCUGGUAGCCCUAGUAAUUGCAAUAUCCUUUGCCCUGCAGAUAAUACCCUUUACUGUGGCGGUUCUGUCAGCUCCGCUCAGUAUUUCAGCCUGUUCGACUUUUCUAUGUCGACAACGACAACGACAACUUCAACGAGCUCCUCGAGCUCCUCAAGUUCUUCAAGCUCGUCCAGUUCUUCCAGCUCAUCGAGCUCAUCGACCCUGACGACCUCUCCGACAUCCACCGACACAAGUAGCUCAACUACUUCAGGAACGAGCAGUACUGACACCUCAACAACUUUGACCUCGUCAUCAUCCAGCACUUCGAGCUCCUCAAGCAGCGGGCCAACAAUCACCACUACGGACUCUAGUACUACCUCUUCCUCUUCACUCACCUCCUCCUCAACAUCUUCGACAACUUCAACGCAAUCAUCAACUACCCCUUCUUCAAGUUCAGGAACAAGUUCAUCCACGAGCACUUCCAACACUGGUAGCUCCAGAACUAGCACGGGGCUUUCUACCACCUUGAAUCUGAACCCAAGUGCGAGUUCGAACGUCACGAGCAGCAGCGGGACGACCAGCUCUUCAUCCUUCAUCGGCUCUUCCUUGACAUCCGGGAGCACUGGAACAUCUACUUCUACUCCUUCUUCCACUACCGGCACGACUAGCGGGAGCUCAGGAUCCUCCGUCAUCUCAAGCUCGACUACAACUAUUAGUUCAUCGCCGUCUAUACUCACUUCCUCGACGACUUCUGGUUCAUCUCCGAUACCAAGCUCAAGUUCAAGCACUCCGACAUCCGCGACCACAUCGAGCACUAGCCAGACUAGCAUCCAAUCGAGCACAUCUCCAUCUUCACAAGCCUCCUCCUCUGGGAUUCUUUCCACAUCGCUCACAGCAUCAUCAUCCACUCAAACAAGUACAGCUUCGACUUCUCAGAUUACUGCCGCUUUUGUUCUCACCGUUUCGGUUUUGCCUGCUGCCACUGCAUCCGCUGGUUGAAUGUUCAGAUGGGUUGAAGGAAAGGAGAUAAUGCGAGGCGGACAGGUGAGAGAAACAAUGCACUUCGGUCACCCUUUGGGUUCGGACGUCUGAAGAGGUAUAUCUUGUGAUCAUUAUUAGGUUUUAACAUCGAGGGCACGAAUAAUUGACGUGAUUUUAUUUACUUGAAGCUGAAGAAUAUCAAACACGUGAUAGUCAAACAGAACUACUUCUGCUCCUGUCAUAUUGUCUCUAAGAUAGUCAAGCGUGUAUUGGAAGCC